AUGGCCAUCUGGGAAGAAAUUUAUAUCUGUCUAUACUCGCUACGGGCUUUUCGCAAGGGUCUCUCUUAUCAGCGGAGUCAGAUUGUUAAGCUGGACUGUCUCUCUCGGAAAUGCCGCUGGAAUCCACUCAAUCCCAACCUCGUACGGCCGCAUGAAACUUCCACUUUACCAGGUCCAUUCUGGCAGCGCACCAUCGGAAAUCCCAGUGCAGAAAUGAAGACCCCUUCUCAGAACCUUGAGGAUAGUAUGAAUCAAUUAACCCAGUCGGAACCAUCCGCGCCAUCCUGGGUGCUACCAGAGCUCGAGGGAUCUAUGGCCUUUGACGGCCUUCAAGAAGGACCUGCAAUGGUCAACGGGUGUUUCCUACCUCCUGUCCUGCCCAUAGAGGACAACAGCAGCGCGGGAUUAUGCCACUUAUUACUCUCCAGCCCGAAGACGAAUUGGUGCAAUUUCCCAUGA